AUGCCUAUUGGACGAACACAAGCGGAGGGACUCCAUAUUUUUCUGGGAAUUGUUUUCAAAGAAAAUGAGCGGUAUCUUCAUCUUAAGGUGAAUGAGCUCCAGCACUUCCAAAUCCAAAAUCCGUCUGCUGCUAACCCAACGCAACUUGCCACUGCUACAGCCCAACUUAAAGAAAGACUGACCGAGCAAAACUACUACGCUUCGAAGCACAAGUCUACCAUCAACUUAGUAAACACCGAGCGCUGCUUUAAAUUUUCUUUCGGCCGCCCAAAUACUCCACAAGACACCGAUUCGCCGAAGACUUGGAGUCAACUUGUGCCAAAAUUUCGUCCUUUUGAUCAGGAAUAUACUGCUCGCCUUCAAAAUAGUUUGGUCAUGGGCGACCCAAAUGGGUCAAUACCAAUCUUGCCAGAAUUCUUUAGGACACUACGGCACAUCUCGAGCCAAAGGGCCAGACUUACUUCGACGGCGCUCAAGUUCUACCGGGCAUUAACUUACACUGCUAUAUGA